GUACUACUCCAUGUAUGGGCAUGUUGAGAAGCUGGCCGAGGAGAUUAGAAAUGGCGCCGCCUCUGUCGAGGGCGUUGAAGCUAAGCUGUGGCAGGUGCCUGAAACACUUUCCGAAGAGGUGCUCGCGAAGAUGAGCGCUCCUCCAAAGGGCAAUGCUCCAGUCAUCACACCAAAUGAACUCGCGGAGGCUGAUGGUGUUCUCUUAGGUUUUCCCACCAGAUUUGGCUUGAUGGCAGCACAAUUCAAAGCUUUUUUUGACGCAACAGGUGGGCUCUGGAGAACCCAGCAACUGGCAGGUAAGCCUGCAGGUAUUUUCUACAGCACUGGAUCCCAAGGUGGUGGACAAGAGACUACUCCAUUAACAGCAAUCACUCAGCUAGCUCACCAUGGAAUGAUCUUUGUUCCCAUUGGCUACACCUUUGGUGGUGCCAUGUUUGAGAUGGAGAAGGUGAAGGGAGGAAGCCCUUAUGGCGCUGGCACUUUCGCUGGAGAUGGCUCAAGAGCUCCGACAGAGCUAGAACUUGAGCUCGCUUUCCACCAGGGCAAAUAUUUUGCAUUAAUUGCAAAGAAGCUCAAAGGUUUCGCUUGAUCAAUGGACCCAACCUUAGUAAACUAAAUUUGUUUUGUCUAUUUUUCCAUAUGCCUUCAAGUACAAUUUAUCUUCCUCGGUUCUAGGUUAGGCAAUAUAAUAAGUGUAUGGACACUUGAUAGAGCAGAGGGCUGAGGUAUUUCCUUUGUUUAGUGUAUUUUUUGCUUGGUGUGAGUGUAUAUCAUUAGUGCGUUUUCCUCCACAGUAUAGACUGUCUUUUUUAUAGAAAUUAACCAAUGGUUU